ACAGCAUAGCUCAGGUCAAUGAACUAAUGGAACUGUUUUAGCAAUCUCAUAUCUCAAAAUUUCUUCGAAGGGAAUUCGACGAAAUCUAUGGAGAGGAGGAAGCGAUCUUGCAGAAAUUGGGAGCUUUUCCUCCUCCUCAUCCUCCUCGCGGGCUGGCCCCGCCGCCUCUCCGCCCUAUCUGUCACGGUCACGGACACGGAGUGCGUGUACGAGUUCGUCGCUUUUGACGGUGAUACUGUAUCCGGCAACUUCGUUGUCGUCGACCAUGAUAUUUUCUGGGGCUCUGACCAUCCAGGCCUCGAUCUAACUGUAUCAUCACCGGCCGGUAACAUGGUUCACUCAACACAUGGAUCUUCUGGAGCAAAAUUUGAAUUUAAGGCUCCUCGAGCUGGAAUGUACAAGUUCUGCUUUCAUAAUCCCAAAGGAAUACCAGAAACUGUGUCAUUUUACAUCCAUGUUGGGCACAUUCCUAAUGAGCAUGAUCUGGCUAAAGAUGAGCAUUUAAAUCCUGUGAAUGUGAAGAUAGCAGAACUUCGCGAAGCAUUAGAAUCUGUCACAGCAGAGCAAAAAUACCUUAAAGCACGGGAAGCACGUCAUCGUCGUACAAAUGAGAGCACAAGAAGGCGCCUCAUCGGCUAUACGAUUGCAGAGUACAUUGCAUUGGCUGCUGCAAGUUUUCUGCAGGUAGUUUUUAUCAGACGCCUUUUCAGCAAGACUGUGGCUUACAAUAGAAUUUAGAGUGGCAGCUUUGCCCCCACUUUUAAGUGUUCUACAAGCAUUGGCUCCAUAACUUAUUAUGGUUUAAGCUUUCUGGUUCAGAUUUUGUAUUUUACAAACACAAUCAUUGAUCCAAGAUCAUUUCAUUUGGUUAGUGUUUUCUGAUUGUC